CUGAGCCAGCAACGCGUUGCUGCUGUCUACAACAUGCCCGAAAGUACUCUUCGAAGGCAACGCGCCAUACCAGCUUUUCAACGCGUUAUCUACCCUGACUGCUCUAGGCUUACAAAGCAAGAAGGGGAGGUGCCUGUUCAACACAUAAGAAAGCUUGAUACGCGAGGGUUUGCUCCUACGCUUGCUUAUGUGCAAGAGAUGGCUGAUCAACUAUUGGCUGCUCGCGAUGGGGGCAAGGUUGGA